AGCUCUUGGCUCGAGCCGCCCACCUCUGCGCCUCUCAGGUCGUGAGCCGAUCGAGAGGCCAUGGCGGAUGCGGCGCUGGCGUCGGCGGAGGCCAUCAUGGCCGACGCCCAGGCCAUGUACCCAGAGACGCCAUCGGUGUCCGAGUCCCUUUCGGGCUUUGAGGCGCCCAAGACGCAGAUGGUGAGCUAUCAGCAGCGGCAGCUCUACAGGAGCAAGGCCUCGGAGGCGUUGACCUUGGCCAAGGAGGCGCUGGUCUCCUUCCGCAGGGCCGGGGACAAGAAGAAGGUGGCGGCUCUCAAGGUGGUGGUGGACGCGAACAUGGCGAUGGACAAGACCUUCGAUGCGAUGAUGGCGGCGAGUGAUGAGCUCGCCAUGAUCAAGCGCACCAGCGACAAGCAGGCGGAGGCGGAGGUCUCCGAGAUGCUGGCCGAGGUGCAGAUCUCCCGGGGGGACUCCGGCAGCGCCUCCCAGACGCUCAGCGACGCCCUGGUGCUGUACCGGGACCUCUCGCAGAAGGCCGGCGAGGCCAAGAUGCUGCAGCUGCUGGCAGGGCUGAAGCUCCGGGGCAGCCGCACGAAGGAGGCGCUGAGCCUGGCGCAGCAGGCGGUGGGCCUCUACCAGGCAAUGGGCGAUGCGAAGGGCGAGGAGGCGUGCAAGCGCAUCAUCAACAGGGCCUACGCGGAGAGCGGUGACACGGACAAGGCGCCGGACCGCCCGGAGGCGCUCAAGGCCCUCGAGGACCUGGCGUCUGCCGUGGAGAACCAAGACAAGAGCCUCUGGAAGAACGCCAUCGUGAAUUUGAAUAAGAGCUCAGCCUACACGCAGCACGACGUCCAGCAAAUCUUCGGGGCGGCGCUCAAGAAGGACCGCCGGGCAGCGGCGGGGUUUCUGCAGCAGAUGGGAGUCCGAUCUACAGGCAGCGCGCCCGAGCUGGUCAUUCGCGAGGUGACGCGGGUCUUCACCUACGUCGGCUUCCGGGUCGGGGGCCUCGGCUACGGCCCCCGGUUCCGAUGCUUGCAGCCCACCCACGGGCUCAUGGUGCAGGGUGAUCCCAACACCAUGCACGCCGUUGGCUGUAUGAAGAUCGCGGAGGAGGCGGACGACUGGGAGAAGGAGCUGCAGUACCACCCCGGCAUCCUGGACGGUUGCCUUCAGUCCCAAAGUGCGCUGGGAUGAAAAUUCCGAGCUCCGACGCGUGUGUGGCGGUUCAGGAAGGAUCAAAGGACCACCUUUCUCUCCUAUGGGGAGCAAAGCUUCUUCGUGAAUCGGAUGUGCCAGCUGAGGCUGCAG